UAAUUUGAAAAAAAAAAAAAGCUUUAGAUGAUCUCAUUCUCUGGCGAGUGGUGAGUGGAGAUGAUCCCAUUCAUUCCUGUCCGUAAGCUUCCAGUAUGCCCCGCCUUACUUCCCGCUCGUCAAAAUUCUUACGUGCUUCCCUCUCUCUCGGCAAUCCCUUUAGACCAUUUCCCACGUUCUCUGUCAACUGCAAAUUCUAUCAUACCAAUCCUCCUUCCUCCUUGGAACAAACAAAUUCUAGUCAGUGAACUAUGGAUGAGCGAAUCGACGAGGACGAAAAGGAAAAGGAGUCCCUGGCCGGCUUGAACUCUCUUCCACCUCACCGCAAAGCCCACUCGUACAGCCAACAGCUACGAGGCACGUCCACACACAAACGGCGCCAGCGAGUCCGAAAGCACAGUCUGGACGAUAGCCGUAUAUCCAGCAACAUCGAGUCAUCGUUUUACGACACCGACUCGGACGACGACAUAUUUUCCCAUUCAUCCUCUAUAAAUGCUGCUGCCGCAGACGACGAGUACACUGAAAGCGGUGAUUCGACUCAAUAUCAACCAUUGCAGGAAUUCAUUGGCGCCGGGGGCGGGGUUGGGAUCUUCAAGGCUCCUUUCAGAGCGUCCGUUCAUCCAGGGCGGCCGCCAUGCCUUGAGUUAAGGCCCCAUCCCUUAAGGGAGACCCAGGUCGGCAAAUUCCUCAGGAACAUUGCUUGUACGGAAACACAGUUGUGGGCUGGUCAGGAGGGUGGGGUGAGGGUGUGGGAAAUUAAAAACGCGUACGAACCCGGUAACGGUCUGGGUGGAAAGGUGAGAAGGGGUGACGAGGACGCUGCUCCAUUUUAUGAAUCUGCGGAUACCUCUCCCACCUUAUGUUUGGCCGUCGACAAUGGGAACAGGUUAGUUUGGAGUGGCCAUAAGGAUGGCAAGAUUAGGUCUUGGAAAAUGGAUCAACGCUUUGCUACCCCCUUUAAGGAAGGUCUUUCUUGGCAGGCACACAGAGGUCCCGUUCUUGCCAUUGUCAUAACUACCUACGGGGAUCUCUGGUCAGGUUCUGAAGGGGGUAUUAUUAAGAUCUGGCCAUGGGAAUCCGUCGAAAAAUCUCUUUCCUUGUCUCCCGAAGAACGACACAUGGCAGCCUUACUCGUGGAGAGGUCAUUCAUAGACCUCAGAGCUCAAGUCACCGUUAACGGCGUCUGCAGCAUAUCUUCUCAAGAGGUUAAGUGUUUGCUGUGUGAUCAUGUUAGAGGUCGAGUCUGGUGCGCUGGCCCUCUAUCCUUUUCACUCUGGGAUGCCCGUACAAAGGAGCUUCUCAAAGUAUUUAACAUAGAUGGUCAGGUGGAAAAUCGAGUUGACAUGUCAUCAAUGCAGCAGCAGGAUCAAGCAGUAGAAGAUGAAAUGAAGGUCAAGUUUGUUCCCACCUCAAAAAAGGAGAAAUCCCAGGGUACUAGCUUUCUGCAGCGCUCACGUAAUGCUAUAAUGGGAGCUGCUGAUGCUGUGCGUCGAGUUGCAACCAAGGGAGCUGGGGCAUUUGUCGAAGAUACUAAAAGGACAGAAGCACUUGUGCAAACAGGCGAUGGAAUGGUUUGGAGUGGAUGUACUAAUGGCUUACUUGUGCAAUGGGAUGGCACUGGGGCCCGUGUGCAAGAUUUUAAUCGCCAUCCUUGUGCUGUCCAAUGCUUCUGCACUUUUGGAACACGGUUAUAUGUAGGCUAUGUAAGUGGUAUUAUCCAAGUACUGGACCUAGAAGGCAAUCUAAUUGCAGCAUGGGUUGCUCAUAAUGGUCCUGUGAUUAAAUUGGCUGUUGGCAGUGAUUAUGUUUUUAGCUUGGCUACCCAUGGUGGCAUACGCGGAUGGAUUAUUGCAUCUCCAGGUCCUGUUGACAACAUGAUAAGAUCUGAGUUGGCCACAAAUGAACUUAUUUAUUCAAGGCGGCACAAUGUCAGAAUUUUGAUUGGCACAUGGAAUGUCGGUCAAGGUAGAGCUUCUCAGGAUUCACUUUCAUCAUGGCUGGGUUCUGUCGCAUCAGAUGUAGGCAUUGUGGUUGUUGGUUUGCAAGAAGUGGAGAUGGGUGCUGGUUUUCUUGCAAUGUCUGCAGCAAAAGAAACUGUAGGUCUUGAAGGAAGUGCAAUGGGGCAGUGGUGGCUAGAUACAAUAGGAAAGGCCUUGGAAGAAGGAAAAGCUUUUGAGCGCAUGGGUUCUAGGCAGCUUGCUGGCUUGCUUGUAUCUCUUUGGGUAAGAAAGAAUCUUAGAACUCAUGUUGGGGACAUUGAUGCUGGGGCAGUCCCGUGUGGUUUUGGACGUGCAAUUGGUAACAAGGGAGGAGUGGGUUUGAGAAUCAGAGUGUAUGAUAGGAUAAUGUGCUUUGUGAAUUGUCACUUGGCUGCUCAUUUGGAAGCAGUUAAUCGGCGAAAUGCUGAUUUUGAUCACAUUUAUCGAAAUAUGGUGUUCACCCGAUCGUCCAACCUACUUAAUACUGCAGCUGGUAUGGUACCAUACCUGUUCUUGUCUUGCUCUCUUGCCUUCUCCACAUAUUUAUUUUGGCUACUUUACUCUUCUGGCUUGCCAUUGGUCCUCUCUGUUACAGCUGGUGUCUCGACUGCUGUUCAUAUGCUUCGUGGUACCAAUGCUAUGGGUGUCAGCUCUGAAGAACCAAAACCUGAUUUAUCUGAAGCAGAUAUGGUGGUAUUUUUUGGUGAUUUCAACUAUCGCCUUUUUGGUAUAUCUUAUGAUGAAGCUAGGGAUUUUGUUUCUCAAAGAUGCUUUGAUUGGCUUAGAGAAAAAGAUCAACUCAGGGCGGAGAUGAAAGCUGGAAAAGUUUUCCAGGGAAUGCGAGAGGCACUUAUCAAAUUUCCUCCAACAUAUAAAUUUGAGAGGCACCAACCAGGUUUAGGAGGGUAUGAUUCUGGAGAGAAAAAGCGAAUUCCUGCUUGGUGUGACAGAAUAAUAUACCGCGAUACUCGGUCAGCUCCAGUUUUCGAGUGCAAUUUAGACUGCCCUGUUGUGUCAUCAAUUUUACAGUAUGAUGCUUGCAUGGAUGUGACUGAUAGUGAUCACAAACCUGUCCGAUGUAAAUUCAAUGUAAAAUUUUCUCAUGUUGAUAGAUCAAUAAGGAGAAAGGAGUUUGGGCUAAUUAUGACAACAAAUGAGAAAAUCAGAUCUAUUCUUGAAGAUUUAUGUUAUGUACCAGAGGCCACUGUCAACCCAAACAGUGUAGUCCUUCAAAACCUGGACACUUCAUUGUUGCUUAUUACAAACAGAAGUACAAAGGAUAAGGCUAUAUAUAAAAUCACUUGUGAAGGCCAGUCUAUAAUCAAGAGUGAUGGACAGGCACCUGAUUAUAGCCCAAGAGGUGGCUUUGGCUUUCCUAGAUGGCUUGAGGUUUCACCAGCUGCGGGCAUAAUCAAACCUGAGCAAAACGUAGAGGUUUCAGUCCGUCAUGAAGAUCUCCAUACCACAGAAGAAUCUGCAAAUGGCAUACCACAGAACUGGUGGAAUGAAGACACCCGAGACAAGGAAGUGAUUUUGGUUGUUCAUGUACAAGGCAGUUCUUCCGUCCAAACUUACAGUCAGAAAAUCCAUGUGCGCCACUGUAUGUCAGCCAAAACAGUUCGAAUUGACUCAAAAUCCAACAGUGCUAGAAGAAAUCAAAUAAGCUAACUACAUAGAUUAGUUUCAGAAAUUUUGUAGUUUCACACUUCCACAUUAGUGGUUUAUGACUCUGGACAUUCCAAAAAUGCCUAAAUGGUAGGAGGGAAAUGUGAAUGACACAGAUGCACAGUAUAAGAGGCAUUUUUUAAAUUGUUGAACAUCCGAAACCUCUUUCUGCUUCAAGUGCUAGUACAGAUUAGGUUGUCAUAAUUCCUUUCUGUCGA